AUGUCAACUUAUGGCAAACUGAGGUCCCAUGGCCUCCACAGAGCAUGGCAGAGAGUUGGAAGAGGCAGCCACAGUGAGAAAGCUGGUACCUCAAAACCCAUUGCGGACCGGUCAAAGCCACAGACCAGCUGGCUGGAAACGGAGACGUGCACGACCUCGUCUGUCCCACAAGGGGCCCAUGCCGUUCUAGAGCAAGACACUUCAUUGAGCGCCCUCCCCAGGCUCUGA